AUCUCGCUUACAUGCUUGCACCCCUCCCGUCUCCGCACUCGACAUCUUCCUCCAGCCUCUUUAAACUGCGUCCGCCGCCGAACAGACGACGUUUUCGGUGUUCAGUCUCCGUGUGUUCCCCCACAUCUCUCUGCGCGUUUCUGAGGAUAUUUCUUUCUCUGGCGGAGCGUCUGGAGCCCAAAGCGUCCGCAGACGGAGCUGUGUUUCAGGCUACUUCAGUGGGCGGGUAAAGCGGAGGAGGGCAUCCGGGCCUGGCAGCUCCGGAGGGUCGGCUUGAAACGAAGGAAUUCACCAUUUUCAGGCCGUACAUUGCCCUAUUAUGGAAAAGAUGAAGAGGAUUAAGAAGCGUCUGUCAUUAACACUCCGCCCCAGUAAGACCAUCGACGAGUCUUUGUCCGAACUGGCCGAGCAAAUGACCAUCGAAGAUGGGGGCACCAAGGACAACGAGCCCUUCAUGAGGAAUGGCCGUCCGCCCACCUCCCACAGCAUGCACUCCUUUCUGCACCAGUACACCGGUUCCUUCAAGAAGCCGCCCCUGCGCCGGCCACACAGUGUCAUCGGCGGCACCCUGGGGUCCUUCAUGGUGAUGCCGCGCCACGGCAGCCGCCUGGAUAUUGUCCAUGAGAAUCUGAAGAUGGGAUCUGACGGGGAAAGCGAUCAGGCAUCAGGAACCUCUUCAGACGAGGUUCAGUCUCCAACGGGCGUCUGUCUGAGGAACAGAGUCCACCGGCGAAUCUCCAUGGAGGACCUCAACAAGCGGCUGUCACUACCUGCUGACAUCCGAAUUCCUGACGGCUACCUGGAGAAGUUGCAGCUUACCAGCCCACCCUUCGACCAGCCGCUCAGCCGACGCUCCCGCCGAGCCUCGCUGUCAGAGAUUGGCUUUGGGAAGUUGGAGACGUACAUUAAACUGGACAAGCUGGGAGAGGGAACUUAUGCCACAGUGUUUAAAGGACGCAGUAAACUGACAGACAACCUGGUGGCGCUGAAGGAGAUCCGGCUGGAGCAUGAGGAAGGAGCCCCCUGCACGGCCAUCAGAGAAGUGUCGUUACUCAAAGACCUGAAACACGCCAACAUUGUGACGCUACACGACAUCGUUCACACCGACAAGAGCCUCACACUCGUCUUUGAGUACCUGGACAAAGAUCUGAAGCAGUACAUGGAUGACUGUGGAAACAUAAUGAGCAUGCAUAAUGUGAAGAUCUUCCUGUUCCAGAUAUUGCGAGGGCUGUCAUAUUGUCAUAAGAGGAAAGUUCUCCAUAGGGACCUGAAACCACAGAACCUUCUCAUCAAUGAGAGAGGAGAACUCAAACUGGCAGAUUUUGGUCUGGCGAGGGCCAAGUCUGUUCCGACUAAAACCUAUUCCAAUGAGGUGGUGACUCUUUGGUACCGACCUCCUGAUGUUCUGCUGGGAUCCUCAGAGUACUCAACACAGAUUGAUAUGUGGGGUGUUGGAUGUAUAUUCUACGAGAUGGCUGCAGGUCGGCCUCUGUUUCCCGGCUCUACUGUGGAAGAUGAGCUCCACCUCAUCUUCAGGCUACUGGGAACACCUACAGAGGAGAACUGGCCAGGAAUCUCCUCUAUCGAAGAGUUUAAAUCCUACAACUUCCCCAGAUACAAACCCCAACCAAUCAUCAACCAUGCCCCCAGGUUGGAUGGUGAAGGCAUCGAGCUGCUGCUAACAUUCCUCAGAUAUGAAUCCAAGAAGAGGAUUUCAGCUGAUGAGGCAAUGAAACAUUCCUACUUCAGGCAGCUUGGGAUGAGAGUCCACACACUGCCUGAGGGCGUAUCAAUAUUCACAUUAAAAGAAGUGCAGCUGCAGAGAGACCCAGGCUACAGGAACUCCUCGUACCCAGAGUCAGGUAACAGCAAGAUCAACAGGAGGCAAAGCAUGCUGUUCUAGUGUUUCAUGAAGAAGGUGCCCCACUUCAUCUUCACUUCCCAGCAGCCUCUUGCAUGAGCCCACCUCCCCUCGGAGUGACACCCACACCACCCAUUUAACUACACAUACACACACAAGCACUCACACAUACAUACAUACAUACACACCCCAUCUGAGCAAGUGACUGAGUUGAAUCUAUUUGGAGACUGUUUAUUUAUUUGGGGGGGAGAGGGUGAGGAUGAAUUUUUUUUUUUUGCUGCUAAACUACUACUGUCUGUAUUUAACACACAGUGUGUGUCUGCGCGCGUGUGUGUAUGUGUGUGUGCACAGUGUGAACUCGGGAUGCCAUGCACAGUUGAGCAGUCAGUAAGGUUACUCUUGUUCUCCUGACAACGAUCCUCCGGCUUCUCGUGAGUCAACUGAUGUUGAUGUCGAUGCUGUGAUCCAAGUUGUUGUUCUUGCUGUGCUUGGAGAUCGGAAGCUUCAGUUUUUUAAAAAAAUAUGUAUAUCUAUACAUACAUAUAUAUAUAUAUAUUUGGAGAUUAUGUUUUGUUUUUCCUCGAGCUUCCGUGACUGAACUCUACAACAUUUCCAGAAACACUAGACAGUGUUGGUUGACAUUUUUCCAAAACAUUUCAGAUCAACUUUCCUUUCAGAAGACCUGCUGCCCUCUGGGGUUAAACUGAAAAUCAGAAAGCAUGACUCUGAGUGGACUGACAGCUGAGGGAGUUAAAGAAGCACAUGCAGAGCCUGAUCUAGCUGAGAACAUCCAGCCUUUGCUUCUUGUGUUCUUUUUGACCAUUGUGGCUCACCAACGGGACCAAAACCGAGGAGUGACGGGGAGGCAAAGCAGAUGAAACGAGAAAUAUUGGCGCUGAAAAGGAAGUCACGUGACAUCCCACAGGAAGCCAGCAAGCCUUCCCGAAAACCUCUCACAAAGCUGCCAGGACUUCAGUGCUUUUUUUUUUUUUUUUUUUUUAUGUUAUAAAAGAAAAAUGCAAACUACACUUUCUUGCUUUGUGUGCGUUUGGAGAUCUCUCUGCAGUAAUUCUUUGUGGUUAACUUGCACUUCAGUGUGUUUGCGUGUAUUUUGUUUUUCUUUUUGUUUUCUUUUGGAAUCAGGGACACGGGCCUCGACAGGGCCGAGUUUACCCGACAGUAUUAAGAUGUGUUCUCCGUGUCUGUGACCUCUCCUUGUGAAACAGCAGUGUCGUUGUGGCAUG